AUGCCCGACGCUUAUCAUCGCCAAGUUCGCCGCGAUCUCGCUCAGUGGAAAGCUGAACGCGAAGAAGAGGCGUUGGUUCGGGAGCAAAAGUUGAGGGCGAUGGAGGAAGGGGGAAAACAAUCGGCUGUGAGUUAUUUUUGGGAUCAUUGAAACUAUUCACUACUGAAUUUUUUGAUAGACAAAAUUGGAUUUUUCAAGAUUUUUGAGAAAACUGAUAUUCCGAAUAUUAUUGUGGCAUCUUUAAAAAAUGUGGCAGCUCGUGAAUAUUUCAAAAAUAAAUGAAUGUCUAUGUUCGCGCGCGGUCGCGAUGCGGUCGAAAUUAAGUCAAUAUCGUCAAUUCUAUUCCGACCGCAUCGCGACCGCGCGCACACACCGACAUUCAUUAGUUUUCGAAAUAAUUAUGAGGGACUAGCUUUUUAAAAUUCCACAAUACUUUUUUGAGAUUUUGAGCAUCAUGUUCAAGGUGCAAAAUGUGUUUCAGAAAUCUAAAUUUUCAAAACAAACUCCACGUUUUCUUAAAAAUAGAGUCUUCACUUUUAAAAACCGUCCAUUUUCACGAUUUUUGAUAAAUAUUUUUAUGUAAAUCUGAAAAAUUUCAAAAAACCUUUCUCAUUCAUCACAUUUUCUCAAUUAUUUUUUUUUUCAGCGCGCCCCAAUUCCAACAUCCAGCGAGCCGAUUGCCUGUAGGACUCGUUCUGAGUCCUACAGGCUCUUUCUUUGGGAGCGAUACUGCACUUAAGUAAGUUCAUUUUUUUGUUUAUAAAUCAGAUGUUUAAUAAUAACUAACAUUUUUCAGUUCGCAGUAUCGCUUCCAUUGGUGCCCCAUCUUCCUUCGCCGCCAUCCAAACCAUCUACACUCUUCUCGGCACCACCAUCUCCACCAACUUCUUCCAUUUUCACAUUUAUUGCUACAUUCUUUCAAUUUUCUUUGCGCGCAUUUAUCGAGCACGUAUUUUUAUCUUUAUAUUCUUAAUUGGCUUUUAAUAUAUUGAACACUGAUAAAUAUUUUUAUUUUGAAAAUGUUGUUAACUUCGAAAAUAAUGCAUUGUGAUUGAGAGUUUGUCAGAAUUUCUUCUCGUUCAAAAAAGAUCAAUUCGUUGAUUUUCUUGUUUUUUUUUGUUGAUAUUUUUAUUUGAGAUAUUCCUAUUCAUAUGAGUUGGAGGGAAUUUUGUGGGCUUGAAGAUUUUAUUUUGGAAGACAGCCUUCUGAAGCUUUUUGUAGCUUUUUGAAGCUUCUAAAAUCGUAGUUUUUCAUUUUGUAUAUGUUUUCUUCACCAUAUCAUUUAUUUUCACUCAUAAAAUGCUUGAUUUUCCUCACUUUCUUAGUUGAUUUCCAGUGUUUUUCGUUGAUUUUCCCCUCCAAAUAUCAUAGUUUUUCAUUUUGUCUCCGUUCAUUCAUUCAUUCUUUACUAUUUCACUUAUUUUCGCCGUCAAAAUGCUUGAUUUUCCCUCUUUUUCUAAUUGAUUUCCAGUGUUUUUCGUCUAUUUUCUUCCCCCAAAUACUCAAUUUUGGAUAUUACCAAUGUCUAUUCAUUCUCUACAUAUUCGGUUCAUUUUUUCUUCCAAAUGCUUGAUUUUCCUUACUUUUCUAGUUAAUUUCCAGUGUUUUCCGUUGAUUUUUCCUUCCAAAUAUCAUAGUUUUUCAUUUUGUCUCCGUUCACUCAUUCAUUCUUUACUAUUUCACUUAUUUUCGCUCUCAAAAUGCUUGAUUUUCCUCAUUUUUAUAGUUGUUAUUCAUUGUUUUUUAUACUUAUUCGUUCCUCAUUCACCUAGUUGUCCAUUUUAUUAAAGUGAAUCUUGUUCAUUUUUGUUGUUUCUUCAUCUCUUUUCGUUAAUUGUAUCACUUGUUGUUCUUGUCAUUUUUUGUUUUUUCUUGUGAUUUUUUCGCUUUUUUUGGUUAGGAUUGAUAGUAUUUUGGCUAUUCUGUUGACUUUUGAAUGAAAUGUGUUGUUCUAGACUUCAACUAAUUUGUUGGUUGUAUUUGAGAUUUUCGAGUAAUCUUAUAAAACAUUGUUUUUUCUCUCUUUUUUUGUUUUCUUCUCUUCAUAUUAAGCUUUUUGCUGUUUCUUUUAUCAAUUUUUAAUUCCAAAAUGGUUUUUGCAGCUCGGUGGAUUUCGUCGAUUCGAUAUUCGACAACUCGACUCGCCUCUUCCUCCGCUUCCGCCUCGCCACCUCGGAGACGAAGGUUAG